AUGUACCUUCCAGCCGCUUCACUCCACAGGCUCUGCCCGGACGCGCCCCCCAUCUGCCGCCUCUCCCGGCCCACCUACCCUUCAGAGGCCCCGGACGACGAUUCGCUCCCGGCCAGGAUCCGCGCGGGGGUUUCUCUUCGGUCCGCCGCUGCACGAAGGAGCGCCGGCUCGGCAAGCGGCGGCAAGGCAGGGGGCUCUGCGCGGGGCGGAGACUUCGCCUACGCCCACUUGGCCUGGCUGAUCUACGCCAUCGCCUUCACGCCCAAGGCGGCGCUCAUCCUGGGCACGUCCAUCCUGGAGCUGGUGGAGCUGCGCCUGCCGCUGGGCGCCACCGGCUUCCGCGUCACGCUGGCGCUCUCGGCCCCGCUGCUCUACUGCCUCCUGCGGGCCAUCGGCACGGAGGGCCCGGCCCAGCUGCUCCUGCCGCCCCAGCCGCCGCCCCAGCACCGCGCCGCCGCCGCCUUCCUGGCCACGUGCCUCGACCUGCUCGACAGCUUCACCCUCCUGGAGCUGCUGCUGCUCCCGCCCGGCCGGCCGGCCCUGCCCCUGCCCCUCCCGCCGCCGCUCCGCUACCUGCUCAUCGCCGUCUACUUCCUGUGCCUGGCCUCGCCCGUCCUGUGGCUCUACGAGCUCAGCGCCCCCCGGCCGCCCGGCCCCGCCCGCCUGGCCCUGCACUGGCUCCUGCCCGCCGGCCUCCUGGACGCGCCGCUGCUGGCCCUGCGCUGCCUCCUCCUCGUGCGCUACCAGCAGCCCCUCUCCGUCUUCAUGCUCAAGAACCUCUUCUUCCUGGCCUGCCGCGGCCUCGAGGCCCUGGAGGCCUGCUGCCUCCUCCACGCCGCCGGCGGGAAGGCCAGCCACGCCCCCGACCCCUCGGCCGGAGCCGGGCCCGGCCAGCUCAGCCACUGCGUCUCCGAGAACGACAUGGGGCCCCACGGCUAUGUCAACACGCUGGCCGUCACGGCGCAGAGCUGA